AUGGAUAGUGUCAGUGAACCGCCAUCAUCAGAGCCUGAACAUGAGUUAAUGAUUGAUACUACUUUACCUUCUGACGAGAUAGAAAAACACGCUGAGAAGUGGAUAAAGUGUGUAAAAGGUAAAAAAGCUGUUACCGAAAAAUCCGUCCGUCGCAUUGAACUGUGGGAUUUUGCUGGACAACAGCUGUACUAUACGUUUCAUCCUGUAUUUUUAACAUCACGUGCAAUAUGUAUCUUGGUGUGCAACCUCAACAAAUCAUUGCAUGAAGUUGCUCAACCCUGUGUGAGACAAGGAAAUCAUAACUUCACGUUAGACAACCCAAAUGGGGAAACAAAUUUGGACAAUCUGCUAUCUUGGCUGUCCACAGUGCAUGGCAUCACACAGAUGCGAGGAGAAACUUGUGAUGACGCAGAAGGAAAGCUGCCUCCUCUGCGUCCCCCUGUGAUCAUUGUAGGCACGCAUGCUGACAAACCAUUUGAAGACAUUACAACGAUGAAAUUAAGAAUACAGAAGGAAAUUGCUGGUAAGGACUAUGAAGGACAUGUAGUGCAGCCCAUCUUCAGCAUUGACAACACUUCAAAAUUAAUUCAGAGGAGGUUGAAAAAGGUUUUCAGGAAGGAUACAAACAUUGAUGGCAUCCAAGAGCUAAGAGACAAAAUCAUGGAAGUGUUGAGCAAGGAGCCAUACAUGAAGGAAAGCAUACCUGUGAGGUAAAUAAAGUGAAUAAUAGACCACAGAUGUCUUUUGCCGAGAAUUUCCAUGUUAAUCAAGGGUUGAGGUUUGGAAGCAUUAAAAAUAUUAUGGGCAUACAUGUACAUAUACACCGUGGGCCUUUGGUCCAGUCCUUAUGGCAUUUUGCUUGCACGCAUGUCUAAAGAAUAAAGUUUUAUCGGUAAAUAGUUGGCUACGCAGGGAUGCAAAAUCCUCGUAUAAGAUACCUAGAGGCUGCCGGCACAUCGUAAGUCCUUCACUUAAGUUGAAGGGAAGUCUAAAGACAUUGUCAGUAAUACGAAAAAAAAAAAAAAAAAAAAAAAAAAUGGCGACGCAGGGAAGGAAAAUCCUCGGAUAAGAUACCUAGAGGGUGCCGGCACAUCGUUAAUCCUUCUAUUAAAAUGAAGGGAAAGCAAAAAAAAAUUUUAAAUAAAAAAAAAAAAAAAAAAAAAAAAAAAAAAAACAGGUGAAACACGCGAACGCAGAAAGAUUACCUACGUCACUCAAAAGCUUCCUAAUAUGUGAUGCAGGACUUCUCUAUUGAGAUUUAAUUUAUUCCAAUGCAUCAAUUUAGCCAAGAACAAAGCCAAAUAAAAUUUAAACCAAGCAUGAUAAUGAACCACAGAGUCACCCUAUAUCACAACGUUGCUUUACCUUGAAGGAAAUCGUUAAAGGAAGGGUUUGAUGGGAUGCAGCUUUGUAAAACAUUUAAUAGGAUCUAUGAUUAAAUGUUUCUAUGAUUAUCAUGAUCAUUGGCACAUCGCAGCAACUAGCUAAAGUAUCUCUUAACAGCCUUCGUGUUGGGACUGCAGCUAUCACUUCUGUGUCGUCUGCAAGGAACUUGGGCUCAUGGUUUGAUUCCAAGCUGACGAUGGUAACCCAUAUAUCAAAAACAUGUAACUCUGCCUUCUAUUAUUUGUAUAAUCUGAGACGAAUAAGAAAAUAUCUAUUUAAAGACAGCACUUUAAGACGUUCAGGUCCCUAGGGAUCCACUUGACCUCGAACGAAAUACUAUGAUGGAAGCAAAUUUGAAAAACAACUAGGGCUAAAUCCUGGAGAUCGCAUUUGCUGCUGCCGUCGCGGAGAAUGGAUUCGACGUUGUGGUUGUCAGAAUACCAAAAAACCUUGGAAUUAGACAAAGGGCUCGCGUAGGCUAGUAAACGUUAGUAAGGCAAGACAAACCGCUUUGAGGGCUCUCCAAGUCGAUCUACGAACACUUUCCGACCAAUUCUGAUGAAAAAUCAGCUCAGGUUCAGACUCCACUUAAGCGCCGCAGCCUGCCGGAAUCGGAAGCAGGGCGUAAGAAGCUAGGGCGUUGAAACGCUCAUACGCGCUCUCUGGUUCAGCUGUGAUGUGGAGUAGGACUGAAACUAGUUCGCCUUUCCGCUCUCGAUCUGCCGUCAGGGCAAGAAAAAUGGCGCCGUCUAGCUGGAGGUAGGUUCGAAUUUAUUGCUUUAUAUCUUUAGAUCGCUGCAAUCUAUAAUCAGAUUUGAUAUUUGUAGUAUUUCUAUGCGAUAUACAGACAAUGUUGAGGUGAUAUUUUAUAGUUAGUCUUAUAAGUUAAGGUGUUUUUUCGUCUAUGUUUAUGCAGUGUCAACGUGGCCUAUCGAGUGUUACAGGUUGAAGGUCGCGUUUUAUCUUGCCAGUCAAAACCAAAUAAUAAUAAACGGCUGUGCGUGCAAAUUUUUAGAGUGAACUUUUAUGAACCUUCAAGGUUUUUUAACGACUUUGACUUUUUGACGACUUCAUAAUGGCGAUAGCAAGGUUUUUUUGAGUGUCCGUUUAAUAGCGCAUAGUUAGUAACUAAUGGUUAGCGUUGAGCUUGUUAGUAAAUUAAAAGAUUUCAAUUGCCCAAUUUAGCGAUUUUGCAUUUUUCAAUAUACACUAAGAUGGUAAAUAAUUUUUUUUAGUUAUAGAACCGUGACCCAAGAAGACCAAGAAGGUUCUCGUUACUUUUAACGUUUUGCUAAAUCUAAAGGUUGUAUUGUACAGAAACAGAAUGAAGCGUAUGGAGAAAUUUUGCUUUAAAUCCCCACAAAGAUUCCCCUGUAAAAUUAAAUCAUACAAUGUGCUUUUUACAAAAAAUUUAUGAUUUUUUGCAGGACAACAGUAAGUGCCCGGCCUGAAAAGACUACUAAAACACACACUGAAAGAUAAACGAGUUCAUAAUACUGAUAAUAUGAAGAACAUGAAGAGGUCUUAAUUUGAUUGCAAGUAGAAUAAAAUUAGACUGAGAAGCAUUGCAUUUUUGUCUUCAGAGGCUUAAGUGUGGUGUUGCACAAACUACAGUCAAUUCUCUCAGAUGAACACUAUUGGGACUGGCACAAAAUGUCCGUAUUAAUGGACAAGUGUAACUUUUAUAGAGAGUAAAAUAAAAUUACUUGGAAAAGUAGUAGAGACCAACUCGAUUUCGUGGAGGUGCCUUAUCAGUUUGAUUGCACUACUGUUUACAUUUAUAUCACUUUUGGUUAACAAUAUUUCUAGUAUUAUUUCCUCUCUCUUAAUAUUAUAUAAAGUAGUUACAAGGAAACAGGAAAGUACCGUAAAAUUCCAAAAAUAAGCCCCGGGCCUUGUUAAAAAGUUUCCGGGAAAAACUCCCCGAAUAAAAACCUCCCCGAAUAUAAGCCUCCCCGAAUAGAUGCCUCCCUUUAAACGCAAAGUUUUAGCUAACCCCCAGUCUUAUAGUUGAAAGUAAAUUUACCGUUUUAGCUUUGUUUUACUUUGUAUUUGACGGCAAUUUUCCAAGAACAAGCCCCCGGGGGGCUUAUAUUUGGAGGGGCGAUUGAACGGAGGGUUUUUUGCGUUACCAGUUUGGGGGGCUUAUAUUUGGAGGGGCUUAUACACGGAGGGGCUUAUUUUCGGAAUUUUACGGUACUUUGGAAUCAAGUUUGAUUAAGCCUGGCUGCAGUUUCUUAAAUUUAACCAAGAGUAAAAUUAAAUCAUACUGGACAUGAAGUAUACAAGUGUGCUAGGGUUACUGGUCACACUAACAAGUUUGUUUUUCAAUGGUUUAAUAGCUAUUACAGGUCAUUUCUAUUUCAUUUGUGCAUAAUUCUGUAUUUCUUGUUUGCAAUAUACUUUUGAAUUUGUAUGUUGUACAUGUUUUAUCAGUGUGUUUUAUGUUGUAUCUGUAAGAUUUAUCUCCUAGCAAUGUCUGGUUUUAAUGUAAGACUAGUGAAUGUUUAAAUUCUUUUAAAUUCCUUAGUAUGUCUUGCAUGGGUAGUUUUCAGUGACCAUUUCAUUACAAAAAGCUGGUAUUAUCAAACAAAAAUAUUUGCUUGGCUAGUUAUUUGUGUUCUCGCGACCUCUUUGUUUAGUUUUUCAAGGGCAGUGAAUUUUAUUUUUUUCACAUGCAAGAUAACAAAUAAUGAUGAUUUUAUGACAUUUUAAAUUUACCCGGAAUUUAGUUUUCACAAUUUGUCCAACUGUAGUGCGUAAUAUUGGAGUUAGUUAGAGAAGAAUACUGAUGUGCACCAACAAAUCCAAACUUUAAUAGUGAAAAAAGAUCAUCUGGCCUUGAAACUGGGCAGCAAAAAAUAAGUGCCAUAGCUGAUGAUAUUAAACUAAAGUGGAGAACCGAUAAUAUUAGUCUAAAAAUAAUGUCAGUUCUAUCAUCUGGGUUGUGAUGCCACUUUCUUACCCAGUCACGAAAUUUACUGGUCACGGAGGUGGAACUAUAUUCAAUACAGAUAUUUGUUCGCGUGGGAAAAGUUAAAAAAAAAAAGAGGAAACGAACGGGAGAAAAAAUAAUUUGGUCCUUCGCUAUUGCUUUCAGCAAAUGAAUGCCAAGGGAUAAUGGCUAACGUCCGCUGGAUAAUCUCUCUGACGGUUCAGUAUAAUGUCCGCCAUCUUGGUUUGUCUCUUUGGUAGUACCCAGACCCUUGCAUCACAGCUAGAUCGCUCGACCCCGCUAGUUUCAACGCCCUAGCUCUUACGCCCUGAUCGAAAGUAUCGGAGAAGCCGGAGCUUACUCUCACUGGAAGCGAACUGGAACCCCCCAAUAAAUUUUGCCGUUGAGAGCACUAACAUUGUUCGACCAAAAUUCAAUUUCAUACAAAGAAUCAACGGGCAGGAAAACCUCGCUAUCCCAGGAAACAGCUGAGUAAACAACUGAGAAAAGAAAUCGGGCCGUGAUACACGCCACGGACCCCACGUAACUCGAGAGGGAAAUAAUUUGACCGGUUACACACGGGACGCGUAGAACGUGGACCAUGGAGGAAGACUUGUAUGAAGACAAAGCCGCCAGGUCGUGAGACAAUUUAGCAAUGCGUUCAUCCGUGGCUCUAAUACUUCUAUCGAGAGUGUUAUGUUGAGAUGAACACGAAGCCACGAGAAAAUUUGAACGGGCUCCCACAGGGACUUUUCCUCAUUAGGAAUUCGAACAAAGCCAAACUUAAGCAAAUCGGCAUGGACAGUCCACAAACUGUAAAUUUUGUUCUGAACGCGAUAGGCUCCUCCUCCUAGACCAUAGUCAAGAAAAAUGGAAAUAGGGAUACCUUGGCUUCUUCUUGAUUUCUGAAGCGGUUUGAGGGAGGCUGACAAGAGCCCGAAGGGAAGCACGCAAAGUAGAAAAUACCUAAAAAUCCCGGUGCCGAGAUCCCAGGCGAACCCAAGGAAUUUCCGGUGAUCAGGGAAAAUUACGAUAACCGGACUUGAGAUAGAAUAUGAAUAAAUAAAAACCUAUCUCAAAAAUUUAAGUGGCCAUGGACAAGUCUUCGGACUUGAAUUUCUGUUUGUAGAAAAAAGUGCAAACGUGCCAAAAAUCCAGGAUUAACCUUUAUUAGCCGGAGCGGCGGGUCAAACAGAAAGCAGGUAAAUGAUAGCUGGAAUGCAAAAAAUUUUUAAAAGGAGGUUGAAACUGAGAAGCUCAUUAACAGCUACGGAAGCAAAAGAACUGUAAACACGUGCGGAGGCAUUGUAGGUUUUGUAAAAAAGCAUAGAAAGCUGGAAGAAGGGAAUUUUGUAACUAGACUAAUAAUAUUAAAAAUGAACCGAGAAACUAGCAAAGUAUGCUAGAAAUAGAGUGUUUUCACUCACGUGGCCAGCGUCUAUGCAAAUGCGUUGGAACAAAAGAAAGCAUUCGCAUAAGAACAGAGUUCAACUCCCACAGGAUUGGUUUGGGACACCAACAUGGCCGCCGUUUCAUUGUUUUGGGACACCAAUAUGGCCGCCGUGACGUCAUAUGAAAACACUCUAUAGAUAACUAUGAAAAAUCUUCCCCAAACUGAGGGUUGAAUAGAAAUAUCAACGGUACUCUCAGAGUUCUAAACCGCGCCUAAAACUGGCGUUGUGACGGCAGAAGAAACUGGUAUAACAUCGAGACAAUCCUGAUCCGUAUUACGGCUUACCGCCUCAAAAAAUAAAUUACUAAAUUAGAAUAGACUGCACCUGAUUGUUGUCCUUGGUCUAGCCAUUUAGGAGUUUUGGAUGUUUGCUUGGCCAUCGUCGGGUAACAGGCAAAACAGGUCCCAACACUGGGUCGACGAGAAGUCGAACAACGGGAACGUUUGACAUAAGAGGCUGGGGUUGCAUCUGUGAACUUGAGGUGGACGCCGGCGUUCCUACUGGCGAGGAUCUGUUGUUGAGAGUUGAAAGAGUGGUCUUCUUCUUCUUACGGGCCUAGUGCGCUACACGGGCGCAUAAUUCUGUAAUGUGGAUCCUUUGAAACUGGUCUUCGUUUGCCUUCUUCUUGAACUUAUGUGGUUCGUUAUACUUUAGUUUCUUAAUUUCUUUCAUCUGCUGCUCGGCCAAAUAUUCGUUAGCGCGCUUGAUUUGACCAACGGUUUCUGUUAACAAAUCUUUAAACAAGUCCAUAAACUGUUUGUUAUUCUCCCGAAUGAGAUCGGACACUUCAUCUUUGCUGACAGAUACAACGCAAAAAGAGCCGAUAAGAACGUUAAGAAAAAUCAAAGAGAGGUUUGUUCGUAAGCCUAGAUGACGUACACGUGAUAUACGCAGCCUUGUAUACCCCCGAUAUGGCUACCCAUAGUGGACCCGGCCCAGUACCCAGGCCCUGUUGUAUCUCGUGUCGUCAAAAUAUUUAUUUCUGCCUUCUUCGCGGACUCAUUCGUCAGAAAUAACAUUUUUAUUUUAUAACAAUGGUUAGUGCACGAUCUCAUCAUUUAUUUUAUAGCAUCUCCUUUGCCACAGUUUGUCUCUUUGUUCAUAUUAUUCACAACUGCUUGCGGUGAACAAUCGUUGAAAGGUUGGCAAACGCAGCUGGAGAAUUUAUUCAACCUUGCAUUUGACUGUUAGUAAUGAUCUUCCUUGACACGUGAACAAACGGUUCUCUAUUUUUUUCGGAGGGAGGUUGGGGUGAAGUGGGCUUGCUAUUUUGGGGAUUCCUUAGCAUUAAUUAUUAUCUUUUUUAGCGGUACCUUCUGGACUUAUAAGUGGCCACAUUUUGUGACGUUACAUUCGGGGUCCGUUGCUUUCGGAAUUUUACGGUAGAUGGCAACAAUAAAUUACCUGAGCCCUAAUACCUAAAUAGUUGCCCCUUAAAUCGUCAGGACUUGUAGAAUUUAUAUUUGAACCACUCCACAACGGCCACUUUGGGGACAGAAGAAAGUAGCCGUUGUUGAGAGGUUUAAACAAGAGUCAAUGUAUGGACUGCCGCCACAAAAAAGUGGCCGUUGUAGAGAGGUGGCCGUUAGUGGAGGUUCGACUGUAGUUAGCUUAUGUGAUUAUGUUUAUCUACCUGUUUUAGACUGCGUGUAAACUUCUGCACGUGAAUCGCUUUAAGUACACCGCCCGAUGGCACGAAAACUUGUAUUCAUCUUUUUAUAAUCUAGGUGGCUGAACUUUGAAAAGGUCGUCAUUACUUUGCUGUCCAAGAAAGUUUACCAUUUGAACUUGAGGAAACUUCAAACCUAUGUAAGGGACAACUGCUUUAUAAAUGACGAGGAAGAGUUCACUACCAUGUUGGAUUUUUACCAUGACCUGGGGAUAAUUAUCAAGCAUUGCAGCACAGUCAUUCUCAGUGCUGAGUGGUUAAUAGACCUAUUCAAGCAGCUGAUACCUAUUCCACAAUUUGAUGACACGGUAAGGUCCGAAAUACAUUCGGUAAGUGUUUUCAAACCAAUUCGGCAGCUUUCUCUUCUAGCUCUUUUUAUAUAUUUAUUUGACACACAAUAGUAAAAAUACAACAACAAAAAUGUAAGAUAAGUAGCAAAAGGGAAGUGGCGAGGAGACCUAAGAGAAACUAUAAAAAGCUUCUUGGAGAUUAGGCCUCCUCGAAUUACGGGCUUUAGUUGCUUAGAUCAAUUCAAGCACAAGAUGGCACAAAGUCUUAAGUUGAAAAAUAAACCCUAACCCUACCCUUUACAAUGUUCUUAAAGGAAGAAAGGGAACGAGAGUUGAUAACUUCGUUGUCAAGUGAAGUGAAAAAACUUGGGAUCUUGAAAAAAGGGAAUUUUCUUAGUGUUUGUUCGACAAUAGGGUAGACGGUACGCCUAGGAAUUGCUAGUAUUGUUACAAGACUGGUAUUGAUAUUGUUUUAGGAAAAAAUCUUAUGUAACAUGAAUAUAUUGGUGACGAUGGCCAUUUAAUUCAACAUUGCAUUCUGCUUGCAAAACAGCUUCUUAUUCAGUCCAGUGCUAAACCACGAAUACCGCGGAUGUUCGAGUUUAUCACAUCCUCGGAGACCCAGGGGCAGAUAGCGAGGGCGAUGGAAAGUCUAUUCGGACGGAAAAAUAAGGCACGAAGAAAAGUAAAGAACGGCGAGAAGAGCCCCUGGGGACAAUGUCUUACCAGACCAGUUCCAAACGGUCGCCGCCGUUCUGGCUUCUGAUUGGUGCCAGAAAAACACAAGUUUUCACGAGGGCGAUGGAAAGUCUAUUCGGACGGAAAAAUAAGGCACGAAGAAAAGUAAAGAACGGCGAGAAGAGCCCCUGGGUCUCCGAGGAUGAGUUUAUCAAAAAUAAUGGUAUGAUCUACGGCCUCAACUGCUUUUGAGAGAUCACGAAAAAUACAGACAUCUUCUGAAAAACCUUUUAAGAGCGUGUCUCCGUAAGAGCCGACCAGUGAUUUUGGAUCGAGAAAUAUAUUUCCCUUAUAUUCUGGGAUAUUAAGGCCUCUACCUAAGUAGUUCCAAAAAUGCAUUUCGUUUGACCGAAAAUGCGAUAUAUAGCCUUUGAAACUGCAAAAAUCGCCAACAUUGGCGGCGCUAUAAAAAACAAACACUUGGCUCAAGAAGCCCGAUUUUCUUUUUAAUAAACAGAUACACCACUCUAGAUUUCCUAGCCGUAUCACAGUUCCGAAUUAUUUAUUCGUUUUAACAGACUUUCAAAAAAGUCCUUCGUCGGAUUUCAAAUGGCGCGGGACGUAGAAUCUUUUUUCUGGCACGUGUUAUCGGCCUUCCAUCAAAACACGAAAAUAGCUCAACUUUGAGGGCAGUUUUAAAAAGUGUGGCACCUGUCUGAACUUUGCUAUCUGUAUUAAUACAAACUAGAAAUGAUAGUAAAAUAUAAAAAGGAAUAAAAUUUUGGUGCUCUUUACGUUUUGGAACUUGACCGCCCUUUGAGUUUCCAGAAAUUUCGAAGACAUGAUAAUAAACGAACACUUGCUUUGUUAUUCUUCUCCUUUGACUUCUCUGUUUGUAAUGUCCUUCUUGGUUUGUAAGGGAUACUAUUGUGCCUGAAGCAAUCGCUUUUACUAUAAAAUUUUUGUUGUUUUUUUUCACAUAUGUCCUCCAACGGUUUUUUUGUCUUGUUUGUGAUAAAUGUAAGGGCACGCGUUAAAGGUCGCGAGCGUGACCCGGUUGUUUCGUGACAUUCAAGUUUUUUCCUCUCUUUGCUAGAUGUAAUUGCCUUUGAAUCGCCAUACAUCGAUAAAUUUACUUCUUCAGGUUAACGUAGGUGCAUUGACAAAAUUGGCUUAACACAUUUCAGCCAAGAAAAUCGAGAAUCUUUUCGAGAUAAAACGCUACUAAAGUUCCUUCCAGACCCCACUGUUCGGCGGAAAAAAUUGGACUAAACUAACACUUCGAGAAGGAAAUGAGGUAAUGUUCCCGGUCUCUACGUUGUAAUAAAUUAUAAUAAGUUAUUUGUUUAGCCUUUUUUUUUUGUUUGUUUGUGUCGUGUCUAAAUCUUUAUACACAUGUGCGGUUAUUACUAAUACGGCCACUCUUUACUCUGACCACAGGCAGCCCAAGCGCACUAUGAGUGAGUUCGGGCUUCAGAGGUCAUUUGGUCGGAAUAUACUAGAAUUAUUAGUGUAUUAUCUGAUGCCAAAUAAAUGCAAAAAUCUUAAAGAUAUGAAGUCUUAAGAUAACGAAGGUCGAUAUUUCUUGCAUUAUAACAUGUGAUUUGGGCCCUUAUUGUUCGAAUUUUAUCACAUGUAUUCGAAUCUACAACGCUAAGAAAAAAAAAUCAUGAUCACGCGAAAUAUUGAUUAAAAAAGUCCCCUUACCUUUAGUUCAUAGCCACUCUGUGUCCUACGACCAGUUUAAGCGCCGUUUAGUCGACUUUCUUUCCAUCAAGUACUGAACACUAAGGGCUCGUAAUUUUACGUCGGCACAUCGAAAUAGUCAUGAUCAUCUUCGUGCCAAACCCGAGCCCCGAGCCCCGAGCCCCGAGCCCCGAGCCCCGAGCCAAUGUUGGCGAUUUUUGCAGUUUCAAAGGCUAUGGCGCCGGUGCUGACCGGCCGGAAAUUCAAAAAUUCGUAAAAAAAAUAUAUUUCGCAUUUUCGGUCAAACGAAAUGCAUUUUUGUAACUAUUCAGGUAGAGGCUUUAAUAUCCCAGAAUAUAAGGGAAGUAAAUUUUUCGAUCCACUUCUUACGGAGACACGCUCUUAAUCACUCUACAUUUUAUUUCUCAGGAACCCAGGGUUUCCAAACUCUGGCAGGAAGUUAAAGAAAGCGGUGUCCUGCGCUUGGAACUGCUUCAUCAUGUAUUUUCUAAGUUUCUUCUGAAGGGCGCUGCAAAGGAUGACAUUCUUGACUUGAUGCAACAAUUUGGUUUGAUUGCAAAGUUUUCACCUUCUAAAACUGAUGUAAAGUAUCUUGUGCCAUGCCAGCUUAGAAUGCCACCUGAUUCCAUUUGUUCCAUGGUACCCUCAAGCUCAGACCCUUGUCUUUAUGUUUACUUUUUAACUGGUUUUGUCCCUCAUGGCCUGUUCACACGGCUUGUUUCUCGACUGGUCAGGUGGUGUUCUGAGGCUGGUCCAGCUCAGUCCCCUACCCUAUAUCAAAAUGGCGCAUGUUUUGUCAUUGGGAGAAAAGUUAUCCAUGAUUUAGUUCUUACUUGCAAGAAGCAGUUCAUAAAGUUUUUCGUCAAGCAAAAAACCCAGGGUCAGAAGAUCUCAGUGGAGGAGACAAGUGAGGUGGCGGUGCUGGUGCGCAAGUUUGUGGAGGCAACUCUACAAACUUUGUCACAUGAUCUUCUCUAUCUGCGGGGAGUGCAGUACGAGAUUCGUGUCGCCUGUUCGUACUGUCAGCUGGCAGAGUGCUCAGGCCAUAAUCAGAUGGGUUGUACUCAUGACGGCUGUCUUCACCUCCUAGAGUUACGACAAGGUGACCCACUUAUUUGCAAGAGGAAACCUUCAGAGCGGUUACUUACAGAUAGGGGAAAGGAAGAACGGUUCUCACAGGUACCAAGUGAGGUAAGUGGUAAUAAAAUUCAGUCUCUAGUUAAUAAUGUUGUUAGGUUAGCGCUUCAUUUAGAUAAACUAAAAGAGAAUCACACUGUAGGGGAAGUUAGAUACACUCAAGUAUUAUGUUAUUAAAUGUGUAGUCGUCUAUCAAUUUUUUAAGCUCCAACAAGAUCUUUUCAUGUAAGUUAUUAGAUUACAAGAUGAUGCAUAGGGUAUACCUCUUAUGUGGCCAAGCACAUGAAUCUCCGUAGUGUAGGAAAAAGAGGAGAGAGGAAAUGACUAGAAGAAAUAAAGUAAAAUGAAGUGGGUUUAUAAGGUCAAUUGGUGCCAUGAAAAGGCUGGUUUUUACUAGCGCAUAAGCAUAAGGACAUACGCAAGCGCAGAAUGGUAUAUUUGACUCAAUUUUCGAUACCAGCUCUCCUCAAUCCGACGAUAAAGAAGAUGGCGGACCAGGAGCCCGCCGUAUUGCUUUUGAUAUGUUCGCAUGAGGUCUGGGUCAAAGUGACGUAUAAUUGGUCCACGGCAUUGUGCUUAUGCUUGUGCUUAUGUCGACCCAGUUUUCACUAGUCAAAGCUUCGACAUAAGCAUUAGCACAAGCACAGGAAGAACGAACUUGUCCGUUUUUCGUGUGCUUAUGCUUAUGCUUUUGUCGACCCAGGUUUCGCUUUCUAAAACAUGUACUUGUGCUUAUGCUUAUGCACUAGUGAAAACUAGGCUUAAGAACUUAAAUGCUGAUACUAGAAGCUCUUAACAGUUGGCUCUGACGAAUAAUAAUAUUAAUUGUUUUUGAUCCUCUCCCCUUGUUGGGCUUUUCAGGGUUAAUGAAAAAAAUAAUUUAAAUGAAGCAUAACAUGGUUUAAAAUCCCAACUGGUUGGAGGCAAACCAGUUGGCCAUUUACAAGCAUGAGCGAGGAUUUGAACUGCAGUCAGGUAGCCUGAGAAAACAGCCGACAUUUCAUGACACCACCACUGGUUCCCCCGCCAAAUGACGUCUGAGAAAUGAGCGCAGAAAUUCCAUACUGAUGACGCGUCAUUACCCAGAUCUGGGUGGUGCUUCUGAUUGAUUGAAACAAAUUUCCCACGCGGCACGACCAAUCAGAAACACUUCCCAGAUCUGGAUAGUGACGCGUCAUCAAUAUGGAAUUUCAGCGCUCAUUUCUCAGACGUCAUUUCGCGGGGAAACUAGAGGUGGCGUCGUGAAAUGUCGCCUGCUUUCUCAGGCAAGCGGUGAGGGCGGUACUUGAUCUCAGGGCCUCCGAAUUACGAGUCCAGCACCCUAGCCACUCGAUCACGCCGCCUCCUUAAGAAUGGUUAGUUUUGAAACUUCAGAUUGUGAAUUUCGCUACAGAUGGAAACUGGCCUCAUCGACUUUGUUGUUCAAUGAAUUUGUGUACAUCCUCGGAGACCCAGGGGCAGUCAGUCGGGUGGGAAGAAAAGGCGGGACGAAAGUUUUAAAGUAAGGGCGGAAGAGCCCCUGGGUACCGACUCUCAUCGAAUUAUUUCCAAAAAUUCAAGCGGAUGCCGGCUCCUGAUUGGGCACAAAAAAUUCUUUGUAUUAUUGUGCCCAAUCCGCGAACAGUUUCUCCUGAGUUCUUUUCGUGAGUUCGUGCACGACGGCUAUUGUCUCGCCACACUUGCUCGGUUCGUUCACCAAGCUUGUGCGUGCAAGGGAAACUUUUAUUUUCUACUUUCCAAACCAGAAGCAAAGGAACUACCGAUGAGUCGGAAAAACGUUUGGGAUGCUAUCAGCAGGAGCAAUUGAAUUUGCCCCGAGAACAUUCUGUUUCUGACGGACCACAAUGUAUCGUAAAUAAUAGGAAGCUUAAGUUGGGGCGGCGACGAGAAAGUCAAAUAAGCAAUUAAGCUUGACAAGGCAAAGCAACAACUUUGCACGUGAAUCACGCUUUUUUGUACAGUUCUUUGCCGUCAACUGCACGACUACCCGUGAAAAUUCCUAAUUUCACGUUUUGUGGAGGACGUAAACACGUAAUGACAAAAUUCAUUCUCCUCAUGAACUUGGAUAUGGUUGAUAGAAAUUUAACUCCAGAAGAGUUCGCUUGCAUUUGACAUAGUAAGCAUGUUGGAUUAAUCACGAUAGAGACUGAAAAAACUCACUUUUUCAUGCAACGUUUUCGUGGCUGUCAGCCAUCGUGGUAUCUUUUAAAAACUCUCUAUAAAUAUUUACGCAAGCCGUGGUCGAUGCAAGCAUGAAUACCUGUUGUAAGCUGAAGCUUGGUGAACGAACCGGACAAGUUUGGCGAGACAAUAGCCGUCGUGUACGAACACACGAAAAGAACUCAGGAGAUGUGUUCGCCGAUUGGGCACAAUAAUACAAAGCUUUUUUAGUGCCCAAUCUGGAGCCAGCAUCCGCUUGAAUUUUUGGAAAUGGUCCGGUGAGAGUCGGUACCCAGAGGCUCUUUCGCCCGUAUUUGAAAACUUACCUCCCGCCUUUUCUCCUGACCCGACUGACUGCCCCUGGGUCUCCGAGGAUUAUUUGUGUAUCGUACAGUGUCUAUAGUAUUCUUAAUCUUCUGCGUGCACUGUUUUGCUGUCGAAACUGCGCAACUUCAUUGUCAUAUGGAGCAAAAAGUUUUGACAUGACUUAUGCAAGGGCUCUUUUUGAAGACAUAAUUAUUGGCCUGCUGGCAUAGGAGUUGGUAUUUAUGACUUCUUUUAAUCGUAGGUCGCGUUUUCUUCUUAACAUGCUUUUGCCUAGCUGUUUUUGGUAUCUUUAAUUUGUUGAUAUCAUGUUGUGCAAACUUAAAUCGAAAUGUCAAUUGUAGGCACCCAGGUAGAAUUGUCAUUCACCAUUUUCACAUAGGCCAUAACGCACGUUGUUUACCCCCCAGAAUUUUGCAUAACCAUUGUGUUCGAUUUCUCUUGGAACGACUGUAAUACCCAGGAGAAAUUGGAAGCAAUGGUUAUGAAAAUUUUGAGGGGGUAAACAAGAUGCAUUAUGGACUAUCUGAACAUGGUCAAUUGUAAAAUGCGCGUUCUGUUUUCUGUACAGGAAGCGUAUACUCCAUCACCUGAUACUGCACAAAGUCACCCAGGGCGUUCAAUCUUGAAAGUUGCCCUUCUGGUCAAUGAGUGGGGGUCGUCUAAGGGUGGCUUGUCUGCAAUGAACAGAACACUUGCCAUACAUUUGGCAAAACAAGCAACGGUAGAAGUCACCAUUCUUGUACCUGAAUUUGAGUGUGGCGAAGAAGACAAGAGAACUGCCAGAAGUUACAACAUUGCCAUCAAGGAAGUACAGCGUCGCCCUACCUUCAGUGAUCCUUUUGACUGGUUGAGAUUUCCACUAAAAGAUCUUGACAUUCAAGUUGUGAUAGGUCAUGGUGCAAAGCUCGGUAGACAAGCACAAAUUAUCAGAAAGUCUCAUCGCUGCAAGUGGAUGCAGGUCGUGCAUACUGAACCUGAAGAGCUGGCAAUGCAUAAGAACUAUGCGAACGCCAUUGCCAAAGGGGAAGGAAAGAACAGAGCUGAAGUUGAGUUGUGCCAAAUUGCAGAUCUCGUUAUGGCAGUUGGACCCAAGCUAAAGGAUGCCCUCUCGUCCAAACUACGUUCAUCUCAUCGAGAUGUCUUUCAGUUGAUACCAGGUUCCUUUGCAGAGUUUUCAGGUGCUAAACAUCGUAAACAAGAGAGAGCAAAUUUCAAAGUGUUAACCUUCGGCCGCGGUGAUUUUGAAGACCUCAGUCUCAAGGGACAUGACAUUGCUGCUAAAGCCAUUGUUGAGCUGCAGGAUAGUUCUUACCGUCUCCUCUUUGUUGGUGCUCCUUAUGGAAAGCAGGAUGAAGUCGCAGAAAUCUUACUUCAGACUGGUAUUUCAAAGAACCAGCUGACUGUCAGAUCAUUUGUACAAAACAAGGAAAGAUUGAAAGAUUUGUUUUGCGAAGUUGAUUUGGCCAUCAUGCCUUCAAGGGAAGGAUUUGGGUUGACAGCACUGGAAGCGAUGUCAGCUGGUCUUCCCAUUCUAGUCAGUGGAAACUCCGGAUUUGGAGAAACACUGCGUGGUCUUACUCAAGGCAAGUCAUUUGUGAUCGAUUCUGAUGACCCCAAGGAAUGGGCAAAGGCAAUUGAUGCUAUCCGUCAAAAACCUCGGAUACAGCGGCUUGAGGAAAUCCGAAGAUUGCGAGAGGUUUACGAAGAGAAGUUCAGUUGGAAAAGACAGUGCCAGCUGCUUGUUGAAAAGAUGUGGAAGAUGGUUUAUGGUUAGUAAUCAACCUUAUCUUAAAUUAAAGAAUAAAUUAUAAUUAAUAAUUAAAAUUAGUUGUUUUCAAAGUCAUGCUAUUUUAUGUUCGGAGUGACUGUCUGCCUUUAA